UAAUCUGACAGCGGUCUUUAUCAGCGAGGCCCAGCUGGCAGUACCACACACUCUGAGAGCAACUGUAAAAAACAGUCGUCUCCUGAAGACACGCAGCACCGAAGGAACCAUGAAGGAGUUUCUGCUCAUGUUUCUGCUCCUCUUGUUUGGAGGUGAAAGGUCAUCUGCGUGCCCCCUCCUCUGCUCCUGCCAUGGCAGUCAGGUGAACUGCAGCAGCAGAUCUCUCACCACGUCUUCGCUGCCCUCCAGUUUCCCUGCUGGAACCUCUGAGCUCCAUCUCCACAAAAACCUACUGACCACCCUCCCCAAUGGGCUGUUAGAUGGUCUGACCUCCCUCCGCUCCGUCUCCCUUCACGGUAACCCCUGGGCUUGUGACUGCGGCAUCCUCUACCUGCGAUCCUGGCUGCUCCAUCAACCUGCUAGCAUCACAUCACAUGUGGGUGUCAACUGCAGUUCCCCACCCAACCUGAGAGGCCGGCUGGUGGCCUAUUUAACUGAGCAGGAGGUGCUGGAGUCCUGCCACUACUGGUACUGUAACUUGGCUUUGGCCUCCCAGGUGUGUCUGUUUGUGUUUGUGGUGGUGCAGGCAGUUCUGCUGGUAGCUCUCAUCUUUUUCCUGAGGAGGUUUGAGAAGCUGUCUAGAGAAGCAAAGAGAAUCACAGAGGAGAGCUUCACCCCUGCCGAUGGUCAGAGAGAGAAUGAGUACAUGCCGUUAAAGGAUGGCAUCUGAGGUGGAGCUGUGAUGUGUGAACAGCUCUUUUGCACUAAAACAUCUGCCACUGUUCGGGUCACAAAUUAAGGUUACCAGAACUCCUUUCUAUCACUUAAAAAUUACAUAUAUCGAAGGUUAGAAAUUUCCUGUGAAACUGGUCCAUGCUUUCAUAUCGAGCAGGUUAGAUUAUUAUAACACUCUGUUUGCAGGAGUCUUCAAAUUAGCAGUAAGAUGACUUCAACUCUCUCAAAAUGCAGCAGCCAGAGUCCUUAUAGGUACAUGGAAAUUUGACCUUAUUACCCCAGUACUGAAGGCACUUCACUGACACCCAGUGCAAUAAAGAACAACCUUAAAUUGUUCUAUUAGUUCACAAACCUCUCAAUAUUUUGGCCCUCAAGUACAACCCAAUCAGACCUCUCAGGUCAUCAGGUGCAGAUCUUUCAGUUACUGUGGACCUGUUCUUUGGAACAAGAUGCCUGCUGACCUGAGAUCAAUUACAUCUGUAUCAAAUAUGUAAAGAGUAAAAAUAUGUAAUAUGUCAAAUAUGUAAAGAAAAAAAAAUACAUUGAACAGUGUGAAUUCAGAUUUCAGAUUCAGAUGUGAAAGACUCCUCUUUAGAUAUUUGUUUUCCCAUUAACGUUCUUGCAGACCACCGUAGACCGCUGUAAAAUAAACUAAAUAAAAACAAA